AUGGAAACAUCGUCUUUACCAUUGCCCUUUGCCAUCAUUGGCGAGACGGUGUCUGAGACGAGAAUCUUCAUUGUUCAAAAAAAUAUAUUGUUUUUCCCGAUGGAGCAACAAGCCACACCGCGAAGCAGGACACAGAUCCCAACGCGAUAUCGAGCCGAUACCGAAACCGUGACGUAUCUAGACGUCAGCCGCGUGACCAAAACCCGAAGACAGUCCGCCGGCAACAUGACAGCAUCUCAGUUGGCCCGCAAGCGGGCUAAUGAUCGCUUGGCGCAAAGAGCGAUGCGUGCAAGAAACAAGGCCCGUGUUGAAAGUCUCGAGGCCGAGGUCCGCGAGCUGCGGGUGAAGUUGAACGAGCAGAGCAGCACCGCCCUCCAGCAGCUCAUCGCCCGUAACCACGCUCUUGAGAAUGAGCUCGUGCGGCUCAUGGAGCAGAUACGACCCGAUGACAGUCCAUCAUCGCUUUCCAUGUUUCACGAUACUACGAUUGGCAGCACCAACAUCAGAAGCAACACUCGCCAGAAUGCCGAUAGAAUCAACGACUAUUGCGUUCUCAGCUGCGGAAACUCUGCCGACAGCUUACGGCGCUUUCGUAAGCCUGGGCCAGUUGACUCAGGGGGUUAG